ACAACGAACGCGUCUCUAAUACCGCCCGCCGCCGCUGGGGUUAUAAAUUAAGGUUAUAGAAUCUGUUGGCGUUAUAUAAGAAAGAGAGAGAGAGAAAAACAAGGAGGGGACGUUUUUCUCUGUAACACCGCCUUUAUCUCCCCGCCCCCGCGUCCACCUCUCGCCCAAUCCGCGCUCAAGCACCGCCCUCUGUCCUUCACCCUCUCGUCCAAUACGGUGCCUCGCUGGGCACAGCGCUUUCCGGUGUCCUGCAGCCUGACAUGCUGUAAAAAAAAAAUUAAUUUAAAAGUGGAGUUUCCUUUUUAUAUUUUCAAUGACCGGCGCGUUUUAAUACCGGAGGAGGACAAAUAAGAAAAACACCAUCAACGAAACGAGCAUCAGACCGCGAUGCUUACCGCUGUGAGAGCGCUCGGCGGGGCAGCUGCGCUCAGCUGCAGGGCUUAUGGGCAGGUCCCUCUGCCCCCGCUGGUCUCUGAGAGGCUGGCUCUGUUCAUGCAGCUCCAGUCCCAGCGCUCGGCCCAGCUGGAGGAGAGGGCUCAGAGGGACAGCAAGCCCAUCAGAGUCUCCCUCCCCGACGGCAGAGAGCUUGAUGCACAGGCCUGGAAAACCAGCCCCCUGGAACUGGCGGCGAGGCUCGGCCGCAGUCUCGCUGAUGGGGCCGUGGUUGCUCGGGUGAAUGGGGUGCUCUGGGAUUUGGGGAGACCCCUGGAACAGGACGGCACCCUGGAGAUCCUGGGGUUCGACAGCGGUGAAGGAAAGGGGGUGUUCUGGCACUCCAGCGCUCAUGUUCUGGGUUCAGUGAUGGAGUGUUUGUAUCGGGGUUCUCUCUGCCAUGGCCCCAGCACUGACAGCGGCUUUUUCUACGACAUGCAACUGGACCCCAGCUCGCUGCCCAGCAAUGACCUCCCAGCGCUGCAAGAGCUGUGCACUCAGAUGAUCCGAGAGAGGCAGCCGUUCGAGAGGCUGGAGGUGACCAGGGGGGAGCUGCUGGAGCUGUUCAAGCACAACAAAUUCAAAUUGCAGAUUAUCGAGGAGAAGAUAACGACGCAGAUGGCUACGGUUUACAGGUGCGGCUCUCUGGUGGACCUGUGCAGGGGCCCCCACCUCCCUCACACAGGGAAGAUCAAGGCAUUCAAACUCCUCAAG